AUGCUUGAUCUCCAACCCAUGCAUAACUUUACCAACUCAACAUAUGCCACGUUCUCCCGUCACCAGGUCAUACGUUCUUUCUGGAAAGGACCCCUCGUUGCCAUGGCGCUGCAAUGUGACUAUUUGAUGCGUGCCCUUCUUGCGACUUCGGCGCUUCAUAUGACCCACAACAUGCCAGAAGAGAAGGAAUUUUACGUGUCGACAGCUUUGACAUAUCAUCGCGCCGCGUCUCGCGAAGCUCUAACCCUCCUAGCAUUAAGCAGUCAUCGAGAAAAUGCCAAAGGCAACCCAUUUUUUGCGGACGGUGACUUUCCCGAAUGGCCUUUUCUUAUCCAAGGCACCAAGUCUCUUCUCGUUUUGCCAGAUAUAAACCUUCGUGAGGGUAGGCUUAGUCCUUUACUUGCAGCGAGGGUGCAGAGUCACCAAUACAAGACUUUCAAGGCCGGCUCCAACGAUGCAUCAUCGUCCAUGAUGAAAGCGCUAGAUGACCUAGGGGAUCUGAUCGGGCUGAACACGAAAGACGAGGACACGGUGAAAAUCUACAAAAGAACGAUUUCUUACCUACGGGACUUGUCCAAGAUGCUUGAUGCAGCGGAAGUGGAAAUUUCCGAGGUGUUUGGUUGGAUCUACGCCAUGGCAGAUGAUUUCCUACCCUUGUUAAGAGCGUCAAAGUAUGAGACUGUUGCAAUAUUUGCGUUUGUCUGUGUCUUUUUAAAAAGACUCGAGAUGCAUUGGUGGAUGGGCAAUUGGGGUGAACAGCUCCUUCGGAAAGCAGAAGGCGUUUUGGAUAAUGAGCAUAAGUUGUGGAUAGCCUGGCCGAUGGAGGAGCUAGGGAUGCACAGGUGA